AUAAGUUCGGUAUGACCGGCAAACACCAAUCAGUUCUCGCUUGGCCCUUGCAAGUUGCAGUAAAUCGAUUGAGAUGUUCAUCAAGCUACUGCUAAUUAGCCAGCUCUUGGCGCUCAGCUACGCCCAGUUAACACUUGAGGAGGCUAAGAAACAAAUCGACGCCUCGGUCUAUAGCGAUGAGGAGAUUGGCGAUGAUACGCACACGCCGGAGCCCCACUAUCCUCCCCAGUACCAGCCUCAACCUCCCCAUCCGCACAAGAAAGUGAAGCACACUACUCCUGAGCCGGAAACCACCACUCCGAAACCAGUAACCACCACGGAGGAGCCUAAAAUAGAGCAGGAAGGUGAGGGAACCGUUGCUCCCAAUGAUGGCUUGGAUCAGCUGGACGAAGGAUUGGUUCAGAGCAACGAUGGAUCUGCCCGUCCAGAGUCAACUACUCCGGAACCGACCACACCUGCCCCAACAACAACUACAACUACCACAACAACUACAACUACGACGACUCCAAAGCCUCACAAGCACGAACCACAUCCCCAUCCCCAUCCUCAUCCCCAUUUUCAUAGCCAUCCCUAUCCCUAUCCUCACCCCUACCCAUCUCAGUAUCCGUAUCUUCAGCCUGGUGUGAUCUUCACACCCUCGGGACCCAAAAUUGCCCCACCAUCGGAGACCUCGGACACUCCCAAGGACGCGGACAAGGAAUCCCCAAAGCCCAGUGGAUACCCCGCCUAUCCUAGCUUCAGAUCACCCUACUCCCCCUACCCGCCACCGGCAAUUUACCAGCCACGCUUACCAGGAUACGGACCUAGUCCCAAUUUUGGAUACAAUCACAAUCACAAUCACGAGGAGGACUCCGGCGAGGAUAAGCCAGAGGACAAGUCCGGCGAAGAGGGUGCAGAGGAGGAUGUGGCCCUGAAGCCACCUGGCUUUGGCUACCCACAGGUCUAUUUGGUUCCCCGAAGACCAGUCGUUACUGUUCCUAGCUUCCCCCGACCAGGAGGCGGAUAUGGUUCGCCCUAUGGCUAUGGACGGUACUAAUACUCUAAACUCAACACUUAAAAAAAAACAAAAAGAAAUUAAAGUCAUUGUUGAAUUUAUAUUAUUUCCUAGCAUAUUAUUAAACACUCUUUAACUUAUAA